UUUUUUUCCUUUUUUUAAGUUGCACUAGGUGAAACAGGAAAGCUAGUGUCUUGGUUACUCAUCUCUCAUUGCUGGGACAAAACACCCAAGACUCAAUAUAAAGAGAUGGAAUUGUUUAUUUAGCUCACAGUUUGUGGAGAUUUCAGUCCAUAAUCAUCUAGCUGCAAGGCAGGGUGGCAUAGCUAACAGGCAACUGUUCAUGGCAGCCACAAGCGACAAGAGCAAAAGGGGAACAGCAUGCCUUCUUUCCUCCCUUUUAUGCAGGCUACCUGCCCUUGGGUGGGUGCAGCAUUUACACCACCAAUCACAGUGCUAGCCAACAAACCAAUCAUGAACACUAGACUCAACCACCUUUAAAGUCUCACCCACUAUGAUCACAUAAGGCUUUGGGGGAACAUCCAAACACAAGCCAUAACAUUCCACCCCUGGCCCCUAAAGACUCAUGCACAUCCUUUAUGCAAAAGACAUUUAGUCCAUCUCCAAGAGUUGCCAAAGUCCUAACCAUUCAACAUUGCUGAAAAAUCCAAGUUCCAAGUAUCUGACAAGAUAUAAAGCAAUUUCUUAGCUGUGAGUCCCUGUACAAAUGAACAUUAAACACUUCCAGCAUUCAGUUGUGUGACAUAAACAUUACUAUUGCAAAGAUUACAAACAGAGAGAUACAAAGGAAUAUGACAAAAGGAAGUCCAAAAUCCAGCAGGGCAAACAGUAAGUCUUGGAGUUCCACAUUCAGCAUCUGAAGCACUCUGGUUAUGGGCUCCAAAAGGCUUGAGUGACUACCACUCCCUCACAACACUUCUUGCAGUUGUAGCUUCCACAGCUUCUCUCUUGAGCUGGCUUUUCUCUCUCCUUGCAGAUUCCUUAGAUGAUCCACAUUCCUGGCUUUUCCAAACUUCUGGGAUCUCCAUUACACCUCUGGCUUCACUUUUACAGAUUCACAUACUAUCCUCCCAGGGACAUACUUCCUGGCCUUCCAGGCCUUCUGAAAUAGGGGACAGAAGCCUUUUAACUUUAAAACUCUUGCAUUCUGUGUGCACCUAAAACCAGUGCCACAUGAAUGAUACUGAGGUCCAUUGUCAGUUGGAGCACUAUCAAGCUUUCCUCUCUCUUGGCUGUAAGUGUCAAGUACCUGUAUCACCCUAAGCCUGAUUCUGGGGAAACAGAUUCUCAAUGCUGCUACCAUUCUAGAACCUGGUGUAACAUUUUGGAAUCUUGUGUGAUCUCCACUACCAUUCUGGAACAUCAUGUGGCUGCCAUAUUCUGGAGCAUGGUUCUCUGCAUCUUUCUCCUCAAAGCAAAGUCUUUUACUUCUGCAGUUUUGAGACUACAAAGGUUGGAGACCUGCUACUACUUCCUGUGAUGUCCCCUAGGCUAUCUUUUCUACUCUUAUUCUUCUCAGCAAUUGAGAUCUCAGCUCUGUUUUUACAAUCCACAGCUUUACUGGGACUUCCUUUCUGGCCAAACUUACAAUGUUUUAAAUUAUUCUGCUGGGCUCUUUGCUCUUAAUUUGCAACAUAAAUCUGACUAAAAGCCCCCACAAUAGCCAUGCCACUGCCUCAACAUUUGACUGCCUUGAAAUUUCUUUUGCUAGAUUAAUUAAUCCAAUACCCUGAAUCUCAGUCUCAGGGAAAAUCUCUGGACAGGAGCAAAAUGCAGGCAAACUUUCUGCUGAGCCAUAACACACAUGGUCUGGAGUCCAACAGCCAAUGCCAUCCUUCCCAGCAGAAACCUCCCAUACCCAAUAUUUACUGGCAGGAUUUCUAUCGACCUUCUGAACUUCUAAGCUCUGACCAGAAUCUCCCUUACAGAACAGUAUAAGAUGUUCCAAGGCUACUCCUUCAGGUAUCUCAGAGCCUUUCCAAACUCUUCCCACAAGCCAUUUGCAAAGGUUCUUGAACCACAAUGGUCAUGUAUAGUCACAGACUAUACUCCACUGUAUAGUGUUCCACUGGUACCAAAUUCUGUCUUGGUUACUUGUCUCUCCUUAUUGGAACAAAACACCCAACACUCAAAAUGAAGGAAGGAAAGGUUUACUCAUUUCACAGUUUGUGGAGAUUUCAGUCCAUAAUCAGCUUGCUCCAAGGCAGGGCAAUGUGGCUAAGGGGCAACUGUUCAUGGUGGUCAUAAGCAACAAGAGCAAAAGGGCAAAAAGAGGGAAAAGCAUGACUUUCCUUCCCUUGUAUGCCAACUACCUGCCCCUAGGCGGGUACAGCACUCACACCACCAGUCCCAGUGCUAGACAAUGAACCAAUCACAAAUGCUACACUCAACUGCCUUUGAAAGGUCCCAUGACUACAUGAGACUUUAGGGGCACAUCCAAACAAAUGCAUGACACCAAGAGAGGGCUGAAUUAGGGUAGAAGGAAUGUCCUUCUCCAGUCUGGGAUGAUGCUGUGGGAAAGUCUGUUCACUCGAUGAUAAGAAUUUAAUAUGAAAAGUACUCUGGGCAUAUUUUAUCAUAAUUACUCUCUUUUUUUGUACUGGGGAUCAAACUCACAACCUCACACUUGCUGGGCAGAUGCUUAUGCUGCUGAGCUAAACCCCUACCCCCUCAUAAUGACUCUUGCCUUUUCCUUGUCAGAGCUACAAGGGAAUAAUUUUCAGAUCUUUACUGUAAGAAUUGGUGGGUUCCUAAAGAUAAAACACACUUAAAACAUGGGGUCCUCUUCAAGACUGUGGUCCUCAGGAGCUUCUGUUCUGGAGGAGCUUUUCAGACUUAUCUACCAAUAACUCAUGAAAAUUGUUUUUAAACGGCCUCAUCCAUUUAUGGUUUCAUUAUCUUGUCUGGACCACACCUAUACCAUUAAGAAUUCUACCUAUUCUCACUUCUAUCAGAUUUAGUGUUUUUGUUUUAACAUUUUAAUCUUUGGUCCAUUUUUGUUUUAGUUUAGUGCAUGGUUGGUGAUAUAACAGUUUCAGUUUUUGGCAUGGGAAAGCCAGUUUUCCCAGCAGCAUUUACUAAAGAGGCUUUGUUUCUUCCAGUAAUUAUGUUUGGACUUUUAGUCAAAGAUAGAUGACUGAGUUUGUUUGAAGUUGUGUCUGCAUCUUCUAAUCUGUUCCAUUGAUCUUCCUCCUCCUCCUCCUCCUCCUCCUCUUCUUCCUCUCUCUCUCUCUCUCUCUGCCCAUUACCAUACUGUUUGUGUCCCAGCAGCUCUGUAGUGUAAUUUCAAGACAGGGAUUGUGAUGCCCCCUGGUUUGCUAUUCUCGGUCUCUUCUAGUUCAAAAUGAAUUUUAGGGGGAAGGUAGCAGCACCAGAUCCAAGAUGGUGGCCAGCGGGAGGCUGAUGAAGGAGCUUGAAGAGAUCUGCAAAUGUGGAAUGAAAAACUUCUGUAACAUCCAGGUUGAUGAAGCUAAUUUAUUGACUUGGCAAGGGCUUACUGUUCCUGACAACCCUCCCUAUGACAAGGGGGCCUUUAGAAUUGAAAUCAACUUUCCAGCAGAGUACCCAUUCAAACCACUGAAGAUCACGUUUAAAACAAAGACCUAUCACCCAAACAUUGCUGAAAAAGGGCAAGUUUGCCUGCCGGUAAUUAGUGCUGAGAACUGGAAGCCAGCGACCAAGACUGACCAAGUUAUCCAGUCCUUCAUAGCACUGGUGAAUGACCUCCAGCCCGAGCACCUACUCCGGGCUGACCUAGCUGAAGAAUACUCCAAGGACUGUAAAAAAUUCUGUAAGAAUGCUGAAGAGUUUACAAAGAAAUAUAGGGAAAAGCGACCUGUGGACUAAAAUCUGCCACAAAUGAUUCCAGCAAGUGUGAGCAGAGACCCCAAGCAGUGCAUUCAGACACCCUGCAAAGCAGGACUCUGUGGAAAAUUGACACGUGUCACCGCCUGGCAUUCACUUGUGCAGUUACUAACUUUCUGCGGUUUUCUUAAUCAAAAAUGAUCUAGCAACCUGUAAAGAAAGGGUUAAAAAUUUCAGAUAUUCUAGUUCUGUUUUCUUUGUUUUAAAAAUCACUGCUUCAAUCCACUUAAAAAAAAAACAAAAUGAAUUUAAGAAUUUUCCUGUAGUUCUGUGAGGUAUGCUAAUGGUAUUUUGAUUGAGAUUGCAUUAAAUCUGUAUAAGAAUUUUGGGAGUAUGGCCAUUUUUACUACGUUGGUUCUUUCUGUCCAAGAACAAGGGUUAUAUUUCCCUUCUUUGAUCUCUUUUUUCAAAGGAUUGUAGUUUUCAAUGUAGAGUUCUUGUACUUCCCCUGAUUCCUAAGUACUUCAUUUUUUAAAAUGCUGUUGUGAAAGGUGUCUUCCCUAAUUUAUCUCUCAAUGUUUGUUAUUUUUGUACAGGAACACUAUUGAUUUUUGAGUGUUAACUUUGUGUCUAGCUAUGCAAUUGAAUCUGGUUAUUAAAUCUAGAAGCUUUUUGUUGGAGUUUUUGGGGUCUUCCCUGUGGAGUAUCAUGUCAUCUGAAAAUAAUGAUAAUUUAACUUCUUCCUUUCCUAUCUUUAUUCUUUUUAUUUUUUUCUUUUGUCUAAUUGCACUAGCUCAUGUUUCCAGAACUAUAUUGAAUAGGAGUGGUGAUAGUGGACAAUCCUUGUGUUGUUCCUAAUUUUAGAGAGAGAGCUUUCAGAUUUUGACAUUUAUUAUGAUGUUGGUUGUUGGUUUGUCAUAGAUGGCUUUUAUCAGAUUGAGAUAAAGAUCAUUUUGUUCCAAUUUUCUGUAGGGUUUUAUCAUGAAUGGGUGUUGGACUUUGUCAAAUACUUUUUCUGCAUCUAUGAUCAUAUGGUUCUUGUCCUUAUUGAUGUUUAUUGAUUUGCAUAUGUUGGACCACCCCUACAUCCGUGGGACGAAUCCUACUUGUCAUGGUGUAUAAUCUUCUUGAUUUUUUGUAUUCUGUUUGCCAAUAUCUUACUGAGGUUUUGCACCUAUAUUUGUUAGGGAGAUUGGCCUAUAGCUCUCUUUUGGUUGGCUAAUUCUCUGGUUUUGGUAUCAGGAAAAUACUUGCUUCCAGGAAUGACUUUGGGAGUAUUGUUUCCCUUUCAAUUUCAUUAAAGAAUUUGACAAGUAAUGGCAUUAGACCUUCUCUAAAUUUCUUGUGGAAUUCAACAGUGAAUCCAUCAGGACCUCGGCUUUUCUUUGUUAGAAUUUUAUAUUUUCUUGAUCCAACUUUGGUAAUUUGUAUGUAUCUAGGAAUCUAUCCAUUUCUUCUGUGUUUUCAAUUUUAUUAAAGUAAAAGUUCUCAAAGUAGGUAUUGAUGAUCUAGAUUUCUGCAAGAUCUGUUGUGAUCUCAUUGUUUCAUACCUAACUGCACCAAUUUGAGUCUCUUUUUUCCUAACCCUGACCCUAAGUAUCACAGACUACAUGAUCAACCUGGAACCAAAUUUUUAUUUAAUUCCUUCUCUUUUUUGGAAAAUAUUACUUUCUUUUUUUCCUCUUUGAUAACCUAUAAUUUAUUUAGCUUGUCAUUCUUAUUUAUAACAUUUAGGUUAUUCUUGCAUUCUCUUAUAUGCUAAAUGAGCUUGAUAUGGUAUUAUGCAUCCUUUUUAAAUGUCCCAUUCCUGCCUCUUAAAAAUUUUAUUAGUACACGUUUGUAGUACGUACUGAUUACAUUCAUUGUAGGGAGUUGGUAUAUGUAUGUAACACAUCUUAAAUUCUUUUCAUAUCUCCUUCCUCUGCUGUUCCCCUUCCUUGAAUUUAAGAGUUCCCAGGGAAAAGUGUUAUUUCCCAGAGCCUAGCAAUAAUUGAUAUGGUCUCAAGUUUGACCUUUUCACUAAUGGUAUAGCUGUCAGUGAUUUAUUGUGGACAGUCUUGGUCCAUUCUUGGGUGCUAACUUCUCUGUAACCUCAUUUUCUAUUUCUAAAUUAAAACCCAAGAUCAGGAAAAUACUUGCUUCCAGUACUUGCUUCUUGCUACCAAGACAGUCAAACCCCACUGUAACUAAUAUGUCUUACCGUUCUGAUUUGGCUAUAGAACAGUUUCCUUACAAAUUCUUAGAGAUUGUUGGUAGACAUUUAAAGGAUGAUUCUUGUAUUAUGUUCAAUAUGUCUAAAAGUUUUGUGGUUAAAGAGCUUCCAUAUGUCAAGGAACUUGAUGACUGUUUAUUGACUGUGAACUCCAUGAGGGAAGGAGCAGUGCCAGUCCAAUUCCCUAUAACUUCCUUGACUCCUAGUGCUUGGUGCAUACUAGUCCUUAAUAAUUGUUUUUGGAAUGAAUGAAAUGCUGUCAUCACAGAUUUAUUUUUAAAACUGAAGACCUGGAACUAAUCUAAUAAUAGGGUCUUUGUAGUUCAGUAAAUUAUUAUGUUUGCUGGAAAGUAAGACUAUUCUUAAUGUAAUAUCUUUUAGCUAUAAGAUAAUAAUUUGGAAGUCUAUAGCAAGACUUAAAAAUAUUAAAGAUUAAAUAUAGGUGAAAAUCAGGAUUCACUUUUGAAUUUAUGAUAUUUAUGAUUUAGCUUUAAAGUAUAUAUAACAAAAAUGAUGAAUGCUAACAUGUUGGUGUAGUGGAUCAAAGAUCCUUUUCCUUUAUUUUCUAAAAUUUUCUGUAGAAUGGGUUUAUAAAUGAAAAUAUUAAAAAGAAAUAUGCAUGUGCUUAAGUUUUUAGAUUUUAGAUAAAUAAAAGUUGACAAAACAUAAAAA